AUGCUUCUAGCAAGUGGAGCUAAUGUAGGGCUUGGGAUCGUUGGGAUGACUAGAGUCGAAGUCAGGGAGAAUAAGGUUUCGCUCGAGGGUGCCAUUCUCGAAUGGACCAACAUGAUGUGCCAGCCAGCAUAUCUCGCGAAACAUACCCUGGACCUCACUGAUCCUCCGGAUAGUGACGGAGUGACUCAAAGCAGGGAUUUCGUCUCUUAUCACUUUCUCACCUGCAUGCCAUAUCUCAUCUCCACCACCAUCCUCCAGACCCGGACAGAUGGAAUUCCUAAGCUUAUUUUUGCCGGUCUUGGUCUAGUCUUGUCUCCUGGUUCCAUUUCCCCCGCAACGCGGAGAGACCGGUCGGUCCACCCCCGAUUGGCCAUGGGACCCAUGCAGGACGCGAUCGCGUCUUUAUUCCUCUUUGUCGCGGCGCAGACGGGAGCCAAGACUUUGUUCAACAUCACUCAAUCCCAUUGUAAGCCAUCACGACCCAUGGCGGCAUCGACUCAGGCCCAGGAGGGUCACCUCCAAAAGAGGUUCUCAAAGAUUACCAUGGUUGGCAUGGCUUUUGCAAUUCUCAACACCUGGAUCUCUCUCGCCGGAUCUCUAGGACUUGUUAUGCCGUCUGGCGGCUCCGUUAGUUUCGUCUACGGCUUUAUUUUUUGCGUUGUAUGCAAUAUUUGUUUGAGCGCCAGUGUCGGAGAGUUGGCAUCCCUGUAUCCCACAGCCGGAGGACAAUAUCACUACUCCUUUGCUCUAUCAACCAAAAAAUGGAAGAGUCAGAUGAGUUUUAUCGUCGGAUGGAUCAACAUCGCAGGAUGGUUGACCCUCAACACAACCGCUGCUUACUUUGGAGCUCGCUUCCUUGCCGCUGCUGCAGUAGCUGGUUCAGGUGGCACCUACGAGAUUACCCAAUGGGGUACAUACUUGAUGUUUGUAGCAGUAUCAAUUGUCGGCGUCUUUCUGAACAUUUUUGCCUAUCCGAUUCUAAAUCGCUGGAAUGAGGGUGCCUUGUAUUGGUCCUUGAUCAGUGUCGUGGUCAUCAGUAUCGUACUACUUUCCACUUCUCCCAAAACCGAUGCCAAGUUCGUCUUUACCAACUUUUCCAACACAACCGGAUGGAGCGAUGGCACGGCUUGGAUGCUUGGACUGCUUCAGUCAGCUCUGAGUAUGAUUGGUUUUGAUGCUGUGGCACACAUGACGGAAGAAAUGCCUCGACCAUCCAAAGAUGCACCCCAGGCUAUGGUGGCUGCUGUCCUAGUCGGUGGUGUAACUGGUAUUGUCUUUAUCUUGGUCAUGCUCUUUUGCUUUGUCGAUCUUGAUCUCCUUCUUGCAUCACCCACUCAGAGUCCCCUCACUGAGAUGAUCCUCCAAGCAACCAAGAGCAAAGCUGCCGCUACAGUUCUGAGCGUUGCUGUUGCUCUAUGUUUUGUCAAUGGUGCAAAUGGCUGUGUUACUUCUGGAAGUCGUCUUCUCUGGUCCAUGGCACGAGAUAACGGAACACCAUUCUCCAAGUACCUUUCGCAUCUUCAUCCAAAGCUCAACGUUCCCGUUCGAGCUAUUGUCGUACAAGCUAUUUUCAACCUUCUCUUUGGAUUACUAUAUCUAGGCCCGGAGGUUGCUUUCAACGCUUAUAUUGCCAGCUGCACUCUUUUCCUCAACCUCUCAUAUGCUGCACCAGUUCUCAUUCUGCUCAUCAGAGGCCGACAACUUGUUCUUGCCGAGCCCCCUGUGUUUUCUCUCGGACACACAUUUGGAUAUGUUGUGAACUACGUCGCAGUCAUCUUUGUCCUUGUCACAUCUGUCUUCUUCUGCUUCCCACCUGCCAUUCCCAUCAAUGUAUCUACUAUGAACUACGUGACGGCCGUUUUGGGCAUCUUCAUUAUCUUUGUCGCAGGAUUGUGGUUUAUGAAGAGAAAGACCUAUGAAGGACCCAAGCUUGAGUUCAUUCUGGGGGAAGAAUUGCCUGUGGUUGACUCGUCGGAGCCACAGAGACCAGAAAAGGAGGUUGUGUCUAGUGCACAUUCCAAGCAAGACGAGUCAUAA